GCCGGACCCAGGGGGACGGGAGCCUCGGGAGCGAGAAGCAGUAGCUGCAGCAGCUCGGCAGGCAGCUCCAGCUGAUCGAUGGAGUCCGGACAAUGUCGCUCCGCCGCGGAGGCGCUUCUCUUCUUCCUCCUCUUCCUCCUCCUGCCGCCGCCGUUCCUGCUGCUUACCGCGUCUCCCCAAGAUGUUGAUGAAUGUGCACAAGGUAUUGAUGAUUGCCACCCAGAUGCAAUUUGUCAGAAUACUUUGAAAUUAUAUAAGUGCACAUGUAAGCCAGGAUACAGUGGAGAAGGAAAAACUUGUGAUGAUAUUGAUGAAUGUGAUAAUGAGUUCAAUGGAGGAUGUGUCCAUGAAUGUUUCAACAUUCCAGGCAAUUAUCGCUGUAUAUGUUAUGAUGGCUUCAUGUUGGCUCAGGAUGGUCAUAAUUGUCUUGAUAUGGAUGAAUGCUUGGUAAAUAAUGGAGGUUGUCAACAUGCUUGUAUCAACAUAGUGGGUAGCUAUGAAUGUCGUUGCAAUGAAGGAUUCUUCCUCAGCGAUAAUCAGCACACCUGCAUUCAUCGUUCAGAAGAAGGUGUGAGCUGCAUGAAUAAGGAUCAUGGUUGUGCCCAUAUCUGCAAAGAAGCACCAAAAGGAGGAGUGGACUGCGAAUGCAGACCUGGAUUUGAACUGGCCAGGAACCAAAGAGACUGCAUUUUGACUUGCAAUCAUGGAAAUGGAGGCUGCCAGCACAGUUGUGAAGAUGCAGAAGAUGGGCCUCUCUGUGGAUGUCAUCCAGAGUACACAGUGCAUGCCAAUGGAAAAACAUGUAUUGAAAGAGUAGAAGCAACCACAGAAAUCUCUGAAAACAAUGUUACAGCAGGAGCUGAUGCAGACAAACGAGUGAAGCGGCGACUGCUUAUGGAAACCUGUGCAGUAAAUAAUGGCGGCUGUGAUCGUACCUGUAAGGACACUUCAACAGGCGUCCACUGCAGUUGUCCUAUUGGCUUUACUCUUCAGCUUGAUGGGAAGACAUGUAAAGACAUUGAUGAAUGCCAGACCAGUAAUGGUGGAUGCGAUCAUUUUUGUAGAAACACAAUUGGUAGUUUUGAUUGCAGCUGCAAAAAAGGUUUUAAAUUAUUAACUGAUGAAAAAUUGUGUCAAGACAUUGAUGAAUGUUCUUUUGAAAGGACAUGUGACCAUUUGUGCAUCAAUCAUCCAGGCACUUUUGAAUGCAUUUGCAAUGAAGGAUACAUUCUUUUUGGCUUCACACAUUGUGGCGAUAUCAAUGAAUGUAGCAUGAAUAAUGGAGGCUGCCAGCAUAUCUGCAUAAAUACACUGGGUAGUUAUCAGUGCCACUGUAAUGCCGGGUAUAAAUUACACUGGAACAAAAAGGACUGUGUGGAAAGGCCCUUGUCUGAUGUCCUUUCUCCCAAAGUAUCUCUGCACUGCAUUAAGACUGCUGGAAAUGAUAGAUGCUUUUUAAUCUGCCCCUCAGAUGUCCAUUUUACUUCUGGCCUGGAAGAUUCCUAUACUAUAAAAUGUGGCAACCCUUUAUCACCCAAGAAAAAAAUACAAAAUCCAAAUGAAUCAACUAUUUUAGAUCUUUCUAUCAUCAGGACAACUGUAACUUUUACGUUUAAUCAAGGAAAAUGUAACUUGAAAAAGAGUAAGAUGUUUCAGGCUGCUCUUCAUCGUGUAAUACCAGAGAAACAUAAUUCAGUAACGGAGAACUUCUACUAUGUAAACCUAACAUGCAGUUCUGGCAAGAAAACUGUUGGAGACCUCGGCAGAAUGAAGGCAGCUAGAGAAAUGUUUAUAUCUGCAGACUUUGAGCUUGAAACAGACCAAAAGGAGGUGGCAGAUACCUGUAAUUUGAGCUGUGCACGUAAAAGGACUGAGAAAAGGCUUCGUAAAGCUAUUAGAACUUUGCGGAAGGUCAUCAACAAAGAGCAGUUCCAUAUUCGCCUGUCCGGUGUAGAUCAUGGUGUGGCCCGAAAGCCUCUCAGAGCAGUAGAUAAUCAGGAUCCCUGCAGCCUAGGUCAAAAACAUGUGGAUAACAAAUGUGCUAGCUGCAGUGUUGGAACAUAUUUUGAUGGGGAACAAGAAAAUUGUAUUUUAUGUCCUAAUGGAACUUAUCAAGACAAUGAAGGUCAAAUUGUCUGUGAACCUUGCCCAAAUCUUCAACAUUCUGGGGACUCAAAAGCAAUUGGUGCUCGCAGUAUAUCUGACUGUGGAGGGCAGUGUUCCCCAGGUGAAUAUUCAGCCGAUGGAUUUAAGCCCUGUCUUUCAUGCCCUUCUGGGACAUACCAGCCUGAACCAGGUCGAACAUCUUGUUUUACAUGUGGAGGUGGUCUGAUGACAAAAAUUACUAGUGCAACAAUGUUUCAGGAUUGUGAGACUAAAGUGCAGUGCUCACCUGGACACUUUUACAAUACAACUACUCAUCGUUGUAUCCGCUGCCCAAAUGGAACAUAUCAACCUGAGUUUGGACAAAAGUACUGUAUUUCAUGUCCUGGAAACACAACUACUGAUUAUGAUGGAUCGACAAACAUAUUGCAUUGCAAAGACAGACAUUGUGGGGGUGAGCUUGGAGAGUUUACUGGAUACAUUGAGUCCCCAAACUAUCCUGGAAAUUAUCCUGCAAACACUGAGUGUACUUGGACUAUAAAUCCACCUCCUAAGCGCCGCAUUUUGAUUGUGGUUCCUGAAAUAUUUUUACCAAUAGAAGAUGAAUGUGGAGACUACUUGGUGAUGAGAAAAAGUUCUUCCUCCAAUUCUGUGACCACAUAUGAAACCUGCCAAACCUAUGAACGCCCUAUAGCUUUCACUUCCAGGUCCAAAAAGCUAUGGAUCCAGUUCAAAUCAAAUGAAGGCAAUAGUGCAAAAGGAUUCCAGGUCCCUUAUGUAACCUAUGAUGAGGAUUAUCAAGAACUAAUAGAAGAUAUAGUCAGAGAUGGUAGACUUUAUGCAUCAGAAAAUCACCAAGAGAUCCUUAAGGAUAAGAAGCUGAUAAAGGCGUUGUUUGAUGUCUUGGCCCACCCACAGAAUUACUUUAAGUAUACAGCACAAGAAUCUAGGGAAAUGUUUCCAAGAUCUUUUAUUCGACUGUUGCGCUCUAAGGUCUCCAGAUUUUUGAGACCUUACAAAUAAUGUUUAUUACAUUUUUUUAAAAAAACUUUGAGUUCUUAACUGUACAGGCUCGUUUUAUAUUCUUUUCAUAGGGCAGUCUGGAGGAAACUGAUGAGCCAAUUGUAUACAACAUGUAUAUUUUAAAUUAAAUAUAUAAUUAUUUCAUUUCAUGAGGUUUUUUCCCCUUUUUUCUCAUUUUCCACUGGUGACUGUCUGUUUUAGAAAAGUUGCCCAAUUGUCUUGAAAGUGAUGCAAGGAUGAACUAAUCAUGAUUAAGUGGAUAUUCUUGAAAAGCAAUUUUUGAAAUUUCAUGAUGGCAGCAGUUUAAAAGAGUGGAUCCACCAUUUUGGAAAUAUCCAAUCAGUUCACCUUGGAAUUUCAAAGAUGAAGAAGGCAGCACAAGCUUAAAUGUUGCUGUGAUGAGAAAGGAAUGGUUUUCAAAGUGUAAUUUCAAACCAAACCAAAGAAUGAUGUGAGUCUUGUGCUUUUUCAUUAAAAAGAAAUAGUACAAUAGACUUUCAAGUGGAUUUUAAAGUGAAAAUAAACUUUUUUUUAAUACAGAAUCCAUUAUUUCUCAAGAUUCUGGUAGCCAAUUCAAUAUUUAUCAUUUAUUUGAGUUACCCUGGAAGAAAAGUGAAGAUUUAUGUUCUCAGACAUUCCAAUACAAAAUGAAUAAAAACUGUGUGUCAGGGAUGGGGGGAUUCCCAUGGGGAAUAAUUCUCUUAUUCAUGUAUGUAGGCAAUGAUAAGUAUUUUUAUAUGACAUUUCACUGUAUAAAUAUGUUAAGUUUAUGUUUAAAAAUUACCUUUAAAAAGAUAAUUUAAAUAAAGAAAAUACAGUACAUUUGUAUGGCUGGGAUAGGAUUAUGUUAUGAUAUGCAGUAAAAAAAAGUAAGACAAAUCACAUUAUUCCAUAGCUUCUUUAAUUAAUUUGUCAAUGCUGUAUGUAACUUUGUUCUUUUUUUCCCCACACUCCUGUUCAUAAAUUAUUGACUGAUUUCUUGACAUGCUAUGCAAUAAUUAUAUUAUUUCUAUCCUUGUUUUCCACAAGAGGGCAGCAUGUGGUGCAAAUUUAAUUCUAAAUAAACAGUAUCUUUUGUUUUA